AUGCCCGAUUUCCUCGCCAGGCGGCCAACGACCUUCACCACUGAAAAGGACGCUCAGACAUGGUUUUUGCAGCAUGGUGGCAUGCACACGGCGGACGGCGCUGCCCUCUCGGUGCCCCCUCUUCUUAGAAAAGAUCCUCUAACAGGUUUGUUUGUCUGGCGGACGAAUCUUUUGAAAAUGAGUAAGGUCUGGGAGGGGUGGUUUAAUGACCUUGACAAGGCGUUUGUGAGCCUGACAAUGGUCAAAAUGCUCUGCCUGGCGAACACGGAGCGACUUGACAAGUACCUGACAGUCGCGCAUAUGCAGGGAAAAUUUCAGCUGGAGGUGUUCGGCAAUAGCUGCGGGCAUUACAUCAUGGACGACGCCGCUGUUGAGCUCGGCCUGAAGAUUAAAAACCUCGUGAAUCGCAUUACAUUGCUUUCGGAGAAGUUGAAUUCUAGAGUCAAACCGCGUAUGGAACUACCUAUCAGCAGCCCACCAUAA